AUGUCUGCUUCUUCUCGUCUUGCAGCCGUCAAACAACAUCUUACUCCCAUGUCCAAGAGCCCUAUCACCUGCCACGUCCUUGUUGCCUCUGUUGGCAAGCCUGGAGAACAUGUCCGUGUAAAGAUCGAAAAGGAAGGUGCUGCUGGUGCUUUCUCUGUUCUUUCCACUGCUGAGACCAACGAUGAUGGUCGUUGCCCCAACCUUUUGCCUAGCGACUACAAGGUUGAGAAGGGUGUCUAUCGUGUCACUUUUGAGACCAAGGAGUUCUUUGCUCGCAAGGGCGAAAAGUGCUUCUAUCCUUAUGUCCAGAUUGUGUUCGAGAUUGAACACCCCGAGCAACAUUAUCAUAUCCCUCUUUUGAUCAGCCCUUACUCUUACACCACUUACCGUGGUAGCUAA